UUCCUAUGGAGCCAGCCGUGCUCUUAAACACAAGGCUCAGCCUGUUGAUACCAUCUAAGCAAAAAGCCUAAAUCCAUUCCCCGAUCUUGAGAAACUUGUUUUUCGGGAUAAGCGCAAAUCCCCCACGUGUGACCCCCAGAUCCGAACAUCCACCGCCUCACCUGUCGUCAUGGCAGACCCCACGGAUCUGAACCUGGACGCGCCGAGCGACCUUCAAGAUAUCCCGGAGAUGUCAAUGCAAUUGCUCCCGCCCCCCGAAGGGACAUAUCCCGACAAAGCGACAUUGCUGGCAGCCGUGUCGGCCCACGGUAAAGCACAUGGGUACAAUAUCGUAGUCAAGUCGUCGAGCACACCGACGGAAAAGAAACCGGGGCGGACUGCCAAGGUCUGGCUACGCUGUGAUCGCGGCGGCCACUACCGUCCGCGGAACGGGCUCACGGAGGAGACCAGGAAGCGACGGCGAACGUCGCGGCUCAUGGAUUGCCCGUUUAUGCUAGUUGCAGCGGGGACUCCUGGCAUUUGGACGCUGACGGUGCUGAACCCCACGCACAACCACGGCCCGAUUGUUGAGAAGCCCCGACAGGUCCCUCACCAUAAGGUCCGCAAGGGUCAGAUCGCGGCGGCGCCGUACGAUUGGCCACACGAUGCCACCUUGACCCCCUAUACAACCGCGUUAGUAAUUAUCGACAUGCAAAAGGACUUCUGUUCGCCGGGUGGAUACAUGGAAUACCAGGGCUAUGAUAUCUCAGCCAACCAGGCGCUAAUUCCAAAACUGCAACAUCUGCUGAAUGCGUUCCGUGCGGCAGGGUUUCCCAUUUACCACACCCGUGAAGGCCAUCGUCCCGAUUUGUCAACGCUGUCGAGCAGAGAGACCUUCCGGUCUCGGAAUAAUGCCUCGGGGCUGGGGAUCGGAUCCCCCGGCCCGCUGGGCCGUCUCUUGAUUCGCGGCGAGGUAGGCCAUGACACGGUGGACGAAUUGUACCCGAUUCCCGGGGAGCCAGUGAUCGACAAGCCGGGGAAGGGGGCGUUUGCCCAUACGGACUUCGAGCUCAUUCUCCGCAACCGUGGAAUCAAGAACCUGGUGAUUGCCGGUGUGACGACCGACGUGUGUGUGGCGACGACGAUGCGCGAGGCCAACGACCGGGGCUUUGACUGUGUGGUGCUGGAGGAUGGCACAGCGGCCAGCGAGCCCUCGCUUCACGUGAGUACGAUCGAGUCGGUCAAGAUGGAGGGGGGGAUCUUCGGCGCUGUCGCCAAGCUGGAGGAUGUUGUGCAUGCGGUGGAGAACUUCAAGGCUGUGACUGUGAAGAAGCUGGCUCCACAGAUGGCUUUAUAGCUUAGUUUGCUUUGGGAGCUGGGUUUUUGGAUUAGUGACGUUGCGUUGCUUAGUUGGGAUUAGAGGAGUUGAGCGAACAUUCUGACAGUAUGAUUGAUAGCAAAUAACGAC